GUGCAAGGCUUUAAAAACCCUUGGCAGAUUUUUUUCAGAGGGGCAGUUGGCAAGCCAUGAAACUCUUGACUAUUUGAACAUAUGCCGGGAUCACUUUUUACAAAGGAAUUGCAACCCCUGAUGGCACAACUUGACCUGAAACAUGAGAAUGACAAGCAGGCGGAUGCCCCUGUCCAGACGGCAGAAGCCCCGUGCCUGCAGAGGGCCAAGGCUCGCCUCCUGAAGGGGGUCUCCUACUUCUCAGGAGAUAUGGCAGUUUUUGCAAAGUGGAUGGAAAAACAGUUUUUCUUGCUCCAGUUGCUGGAUUGGGUCUUGCGUGGGGCUGCCCAAGUCAUGUUUGUUAACAACCCGCUGAGCGGCCUCAUUAUCUUCGCCGGCCUCAUCCUGCAGAACUACUGGUGGGCACUGAACGGCUUUGUGGGGACGCUCUUUGCCACCAUUUCAGCCCUCAUUCUGCGACAGAGCAGGGGUGCAAUUGCUGCAGGAUUGUAUGGCUACAACGGUAUUUUAGUAGGCUUGUUGAUGGCCGUCUUCUCCAAUGCAGGGAACUGGUACUGGUGGCUCUUGCUGCCCAACAUCUUCAUGUCUAUGAUGUGCCCAAUCGUGUCCAGUGCUCUGGCAUCCAUUAACAGUCGUUGGGAUCUGCCAGUGUUCACGUUGCCCUUCAACAUCCUGGUGUGCCUCCACAUGGUGGCCACAGGUCACUACAACCACCACUUCCCCCAAGUUCUCAUCCAACCCCGCACCGAGCUGCCGAAUAUCACCUGGGAGGAAAUCGACGUCGCUAAGCUGUUCAUGUCCGUGCCUGUGGGGAUAGGCCAAGUGUACGGCUGUGACAACCCCUGGACAGGAGGCAUCUUCAUCAUCUCACUCUUCAUCUCCUCCCCCAUCACGUGCGCACACGCUGUCCUCGGGUCUACGAUCGGCAUGCUUUCAGGCCUGGCUUUGGCAGCUCCGUUUGGUGCAAUUUAUUUUGGCCUGUGGGGAUACAACUGCGUGCUGGCAUGCAUUGCCAUUGGCGGAAUGUUUUAUGCUCUCACUUGGCAAGUGCACCUUCUCGCUAUUACUUGUGGCUUUUUCUGCGCAUACCUGGGCUCUGCUAUCGCCAACAUCAUGUCCGCGUUUGGUCUCCCAGCCUGCACGUGGCCCUUCUGUCUCUCCGCGCUGACAUUUUUGCUCAUCACCACGGAAACCAGUAAGAUCUUUAAGCUGCCACUGGCCAAAGUCACCUACCCCGAGAAAAAUCUCUGCUUCUUCUGGAAAAUGAAGAAGCAGGAAAAGCAGGAAAAGCUGGAGGAAGAGCGGAAAAAGAAAGAGGAACAGCAGAGAGCUCUUAAUGACGAGUUGAUACUGAGUGAGAAAGAAGAGCUGAGGCUCAACCUCAGCGCCAUGGAAGAAGGCAACGAUACGCAAAUAGUCUCAGUGCCUGAAGCAGAGAGCGAGCAAAAAGACAAUGGGCAACAACAAACCACAGAGGACGACCCAACAGAUGAAAUGCCUGCGAAUAAUGUAUGAAAGAGAAAUAGAGCGGGAGAGAAGGAAUGUCUUCUUCUUUUUUUUUUUUUUUGCUGCAUCAGCUUGUAUACCUAAAUCCUGAACAAAUUCAACUCACUUCCAAGAAAAGAGGAUUUUCAAUUGGUGCCGCUGAUGUGGUGUGGCCCCCGGUGACAGUAUAUUCGCGGGCAUCCCUGCAUAUUAUUCUAUUUUUAUUAUCAAGUUAGGCAAGUCAUGCUUCCUUUUCUACUUUGUCAUACUUUA